AUGGCUCGUGAUAAAAAAGAAGAUAGAGAUAAAAAGAUAAAUAUAUAUAAGAUGGAUGUUCCAAUUGUUUCAAAUAUUUUUGGUUAUGCGGGCCUAAUCAUUUGGAGUGUUCAAUUACUUGAACAAAUCAGAUACAAUUUUGUUAGAAAGAGUACAGAAGGUGUAUCUAUUCUAUGUUUUAGUAGUUGGUUUAUAGGAGGUUGGAUCUUUUGUCCUUAUCUUAUAGCGACGAAAAGUGCGCUCCCUCUUAUCCUUCAAAUUGCUUUCUUCCCAGGUUUAAUUCUUUUCAUUGUUGCCCAACAUUGUUUUUAUGAUAGAAAAAUGAAAAAAAGAAUUUUAUGUGCUAUAUUUUUUUCUAUUUUUGGUGUUGCAAUCCUUUUAGAUUAUGGUAUCUAUGAAUUAUUGGUAGCCUAUCCAGAACAUGAUUUCCAAUUUGGUUUGACCAUCAAUAUUGUCUCUGCCUUUUUUAUGGGCGUAGGUUUCGUCCCGGCUGUUUAUGAAAUUGUCAAGACCAAGACUGCAGAAGGUCUCAGUCGUAUCUUUGUUGCUAUGGACUUUACCGGUGGUACUUGCUCUGUCAUUUCGUUGGUCUUUGCCCCACCAUUCAAUUGGAUGGCCUUUGCCAGUUUUGCUGUCGUCCCACUUUUCGAAGGCACCAUUUUCUUUUUAAGCUUCUACUAUGGCACUCAAGUCAAGGUCCAUGACAUUGAGUAUGGUGAUGAAGAAGGAAAGUUCAGAGCCAGUCCACUCAGAUACAACAGAAGUAUCUCAAGAUCCCGUAGAGGCACUACUAAAUCAAGAAGAGAGAUGACUACCACCGACAAGACAAAAUCAGGUGCUUCAGAUGGUUCAAUUGUUAUCAACUAA